AAACAUCAAAAGGUAGUAAUGAGAAACCGCACAGCAGUAACAACAUUCAUCUUGUUGGGACUUACAGAUAAUCCACAGCUCCAAGUUCUGGUUUUCAUCUUCUUAUUGCUGACAUAUAUCCUGAGUGUAACAGGAAACUUGACUAUUAUCAUUCUCACGUUCAUGGAUUCCCACCUCAAGACACCUAUGUAUUUUUUCCUUCGGAACUUCUCUUUCCUAGAAAUCUCAUUCACAACGGUCUGUAUUCCAAGAUUUCUAUACAGUAUAACAACUGGAGAUAAUACUAUCACUUAUAAUGCUUGUGUCAGUCAAAUAUUUUUUAUCGUGUUGUUUGGGGCCACCGAGUUUUUUCUCCUGGCUGCUAUGUCUUAUGACCGCUACGUGGCCAUCUGCAAACCCCUUCACUACAUGACCAUCAUGAAUAACAGAGUCUGUACCAUCCUUGUCGUCUGCUGCUGGUUCUCAGGCUUGAUGAUUAUCAUCACACCACUUGGUAUGGGUCUCCAGCUGGAAUUCUGUGAUUCCAAUGUCAUUGAUCAUUUUGGCUGUGAUGCAGUUCCUCUUUUUAAGAUUUCCUGCUCAGACACAUGGUUAAUAGAACAGAUGGCUAUAAUUUGUGCUAUAUUGACAUUCAUUAUUACACUGGUAGGUGUAGUUCUUUCUUACAUAUAUAUUAUCAAGACUAUUUUAAAUUUUCCUUCUGCUCAGCAAAGAAAGAAAGCUUUUUCCACAUGUUCUUCUCAUAUGAUUGUUGUCUCUAUCGCUUACGGUAGCUGUAUUUUUAUCUAUAUCAAACCUUCAGCUAAAGAGGAGGUAGAUAUUAAUAAAGGGGUAUCUGUGCUCACUACAUCUGUGGCUCCUUUGCUGAAUCCCUUCAUUUAUACUUUGAGAAAUAAGCAGGUGAAACAGGCUUUGAAUGAUGUAAUUAAAAAAUUUGCAGUUAUUGCACACAAGUAA